AUGCGUUCCACUACGACUCCCAACUCUCCGAACUUUGCUCCGGCCGAGGCGACCAAGAAGAGAGUGCGACGAGUGAAGGCGAAUGGAAGAGAGCGAGCCCGAAUGCACGGUCUGAACAAUGCGCUCGACAUGCUCCGAGAGUACAUUCCUAUCACCACUCAACAUCAGAAACUGAGCAAGAUCGAGACACUCAGACUCGCCAGGUAGGCAUUCAUUCAUUCAUUCGCAUUCUGACGGUAGUAUCAUCAAGAGUAGAUUGCUCUUGCACUAGUAAUCAUGCCUCCUCCUCCUUUAUGACUCCAUCUUUCAUCAUUCUCAUCUGUUCCGAAUUUAAUAUCUGACUUUAACGACUUCAUUGCAGGAACUACAUCGAUGCCCUUCAACGAAUGCUCCAGACAAACGAGCAGCCGUCGCCCCUCGAGUACGCGCACACUCUCGCCAACGGACUGUCACAGACCACCACGAACAUGCUCGCGAACCUUCUGCAGGUCAGUUCUAGAAACAAUUUCGCUGCUGAACGUCGAGUAGCAAUGUUCCUGUGCAGUCCUAAUCUUCGUUCUUUUCCAGGUGCAACCCCGCCAACUGCUGCCUCCAUCGCAAUUCGACAUCUUCUCCGAUCACUCGGCGCAACUGCAUCCAUCUCUGGUUCCGUCCUCGUUCUCCUCCAAUUCUUCCUCCUCUUCCUCCCCGCCUCAAUAUUACUACUCUCCCACCCAACCGUCUGCGGCUCCCCUCCAGGCUUCGUGCGAUCUGUCCCAUUCUCAAUUCAACCAUCCUCAAAUGUACGCCAGUUCCGUUCAACACCAUGAUAACUUUGGAUACUCUCCCUAA